ACAACUGCCAAAUGAGAAAAUGAAUGUCAUGUAUUCAACUUUGGUUCUGCCUAAUUGUAGAAAUUUAUUCAAUCUUUUUUUCUUCUACGCGAGCCUAACUCGUUUAUACUUCUGAUUUCUGAAAUCUAAACUCUUCGAACUAAAUUGACCACUCCACUAAAAGAGUCUUAAAAAGUCAAAUAGUUUUCUUAGACGACCUAAUUGUCUAACAAACUUUUCUUUUGACCUAUGCAUCAUUCUCUCGUCCAUAAAUACCCAUUCACGUUGUUGCUUACUCUUCACCUAAAAACAUUCAUACACAUACAAACAUACAACUACCAAAGAUUUUGUUUGCAAUUUCUCUCCUUUGAUUUUUUAUCCACAAGUAGAAGAAUGAAUACAUUCAAGAUAUCCUAUUUCAUUAUGGUACUCAUAAUGGUCCUAGCCAUUGCUAUAACACUUAGCGAACCGCUAAGGGUCGAGGCGAAGCAUCAAGACAAGAACGGUCAUCAAGAGAUAGCCGCUACUGCAAGGAACAAAGGUAGGAAACGUAUAGGUGCAGCAAUGACAUGUGACAAAAGCUCCAAAGUAUGUCGUCUCAAAGGCAGUCCAGGUCGUGAUUGUUGUCGUAAGAGGUGCGUCGACCUAAGAACCAACAAAUUGAACUGUGGAAGAUGUGGAAAAAGCUGUCAAUACUCGGAGGUUUGUUGCAACGGAUAUUGUGUAAACCCAAUGUUUGACAAGAGACACUGCGGAGGUUGCUUUAAGAAGUGUAAGAAAGGGAGAUCGUGUGCCUAUGGUAUGUGCAACUAUGCAUAAAGAAAUAAUGCGGUAUAAAGGUCAUUUAAAAAAAGAAAGAGAAUUUUAAUUUGUUGGUUUAAAUUGGAUUAAAUUCAUAUUAUACAUACAGAUCGAAAUUCAAAGAUUAUAUAGCUAGCUUAAAUAAAGGUCGAGUACUUACUAUAAAAGAUAGAAAGUCUUGUAAAAGUUUUUUUUUUUUUUGGUAUAAAAGUCUUGUAAAAGUUUGUCAUCAUUAUUAUAUUGUUAAUUUUAUUUAUACGCACAUGUCUCAUGCAUGUUAACAAUCCAAUGUAUUAUUAUUAAUAAA